AGGAAAGGUGUGGUGAAAAGGUGCGUUCACUGGCUGGUUUGAAUUGAAAGUACGAAGCCGUCGAGCUGGAAAAUCUACUCUCAACAUAACACCCACCUUUAGUUGGACGGUUGUCUCCGGACCUUGUCGGAGUACCUGUGUGUUGUAGUUUUUUUUUUUGUUUCCAUAUUCUACAAACUGCUUAAAAAUGAGUAAAAUCUCGAAAAUUUUCAAGGGAAGCUCGAGUAGCGGCUCGAGCUCUUCGAGCUCGUCAAAGUCCAAACACCACCGGUCGAAGGGAGGCCCUUCACCCCAAGAGGCCAUCCACAGACUUCGGGAAACGGAGGAAAUGCUGACGAAGAAGCAGGAGUAUCUGGAGAAAAGGAUAGAGCAAGAACUCGCGCUGGCCAAGAAACAUGGCACAAAAAAUAAAAGGGCUGCCCUGCAGGCCUUGAAGAAGAAGAAGCGCUUGGAGCAGCAGCUGACCCAGAUCGACGGCACGCUGUCCACCAUCGAGUUUCAGAGAGAAGCUCUGGAGAACUCGCACACCAACACGGAGGUUCUGAAGAACAUGGGCUAUGCUGCCAAGGCUAUGAAGAAGGUCCACGAGAACAUGGACGUUAACAAGAUAGAUGAUCUGAUGCAUGAUAUCACAGAGCAGCAGGAAGUGGCCCAGGAGAUCAGUGAAGCCAUCUCAAUGCCAUUCGGAGAGACGUUUGAUGAGGAUGAGCUGCUGGCAGAGCUGGAGGAGCUGGAGCGGGAGGAGCUCGAGGACAGCAUGAAGAGUAUGGGCGGACUACCGAGCGUUCCCAGCUCCAAACUGCCUUCGUCUCGGCCCGCUCACCGCACAACAACCAAGAAACGGGCUGAAGAAGAAGACGACAUGCGUAUGCUGGCAUCGUGGGCAACUUAAAUGCAUUAAGAUACAAAACACGCUCAGAGGAAUUAACGCAAGUUUUUGUAUAAUUUUGUUGAAGGUUUUUUAGGGGAAAUGAAGUCUGUACAUUAUCAUUUUGUUAAAUAAGUGUUUUGCUUAUCAGCCUAUGUCACUUUGCUGGUUAUGUUUAUCAAUAAAUUAUAAGUGAAGGAAUCAAGAAAUUGUUUUUUAGAUUCAUAUGACCUUGUGCCUUUUGAUUUCCUUAUUUUUAGACGAAUCAUUCUUUAUUUCUGGUCUGUACAGAACGCAGUGCUUUUCACAGGGCCAAAUGAAAUGUAACAUGGAUACGACUGAUCUCAUAGGGCAGAAUGGUAUUUUAUGCAGGUGUAAAUAUUUUCAAAUUUUGCAUUAAUGUUGUUAAUAUAUUGCUUUACUCCUGUACAUCAAUAAAACAGUCCUACGUGUUGUUUCACACUA